GCAGAGGACUACCAUCAGAAAGUACGUCGGAAGCAAUCGCAAUGGCUUGGUUGCCUCAAACGAUGUUCGUAUCUUUUCUUGUACACGUUUUCGCUAGGAGUUUACGCCAUCUUGUCAUGUCCCCAAGCCCUUUCCCUACGCACGAUUUCACUUGCACACGGAUGCUUCGAGCACAAGCAUGAGCGGAAUCUGCUGCUCCGCCAGUGCAACACCCCAAAACCAACAAAGAAUCUGGCAAGAGCCAAAUAGCGUAAGCUUACGCCUCACAUCGUCCUGCUCCCGUUCCCCUGGUUGCUUUGCUUGCCUCACCAGCACCGCAGGCAGGAACCGCAGGAGGGGGUCCAGCCCCCCCCUCCUAUCACAGAGCACUGCAGCGGUGUGCUCGUGUUCCGCGCGCAGGUCAAACACCAUGCUUCGUCUGGGCCAGUUCACUUCGAGGGUGACUCGGGGGGUGGCUGCUGCCUGUCGCAACAAUGCAUUGCUGCCGUGUUCAGCAGGUCAGCAGCAACAUGGCGUGUCGAUGCUCAGAGCGUUGGCCGCUACUGAGCACUCCAAGGCCAACAGCUCUGAACACAACAAGACCUGCACCACCUCUAGUGGUGAACAGCGGAUCAGGGCUUACGCCAGCAGGAGGAGACUGAUCGCAUGGCCCGCUGCGCAUCUACCGGGUGCGGGGUUUGGUGGUGCAAAAUCAAAGCGACUCAUGUCCACCGCGGCUGGAACUGGGCACAAUGGAGACGUUGCGAGGACCGCAGACCUUGGCCCCGAUGCUAUGGCGGGCAGUGCGGAUGCCGCGAUGGCUGCGGCCGGCACUGCAGAGCAGGCCCAGGCCACGUUGGAUGUUGCACCGGAGACCUUCAAGAUGGCCCUCUACACGCCCCCUCAGCUGGCAAUGAUGGCGGUGGAUUAUGUUCACGCGACCACAGGAAUGCCCUACUGGAUGACCAUCAUAGCCAUCACCGUGGGGAUCAGGACAGCGAUCCUGCCGAUCGGACUUCUCGCUGCUAGGAAUGGGGCGAGGACGGCGGCAAUGAAACCGGAAAUGGAUGCACUCCAAGCGGCCAUCAAGGGAGAUCAGCAGUCGUCCCAACCAAGGAAAGCAGACCGCUAUCGGCAGGAGACGAAGGCCCUGUUCCAGAAGCACAAGGCCAGUCUCGUGAUGAACGCGGCGCUGCCCAUCGUCCAGCUGCCCCUCUUCAUUGGCUUCUUCCUUGGGCUUCGGAGAAUGCCGGAUGUGGUCCCUGAGUUUGCCACCGGCGGGGUUUUGUGGUUUCAGGACCUCGGUGCGCCCGACCCGUACAUGAUUUUCCCGGUCAUGACCGGGGUAAUGAUGAUGGCGAUGGCAGAACUUGGUGGCGAGGGGGGUGCUUUGGCCGGCAGUUCGGUGAAGAUGAAGGCGGGCAUGCGUGGGAUGGCGUUGCUGGUCACACCGUUGACCAUGUACGUGUCGACGGGCGUGUUUGUGUACUGGACGACGUCCAACUUUUACUCCAUCCUGCAGACUCUGGCCUUCAAGUCAUCUGCAAUCAAGAAGUUCUUCGACUUCCCGGACCUUCCACCGAACAAGCUGAAGAGAGACACGGCUGAGAAGGAAAUCGGUUGGUUCGACGUCCUCGGCGGUGAUCACCCCAUCAAGGAAUACAGAAAAAUGCAAGAUCAGCGGGAAGUGCAGGCCUGGUUCGUGGAAGGGGAGGGGGGGUGGACCCGCAAAGCGCACAACGCUAAACAUGGAGAGGGCGGCAACGUCGCACGGGAGGGGGCGCCGUUUCACGCCCCGCCGUUGAUGGCGGGCCCCGUGUCCGGGAAGGCGAAAACGACGUCGUUUGCUGCUUCUGCCGCUGCGGAGACACCGAAAGUAGUUUUGCGGUCAGUGCGACCAAAGCCCACGGGGAACAGGGGCAAAACUGCGGCACGAGGGCCGAGAAAAAACGGGGGCUAAUCCCAAACGAUUUGAUCCGCAGGGAUAUCUGCGUGUGUGGUGGUUACGUGAUGAAAGUUUACCGCGCUGUCGAUAAGGAUAACCCAGUCGGGCGGAUGAGCGGUGGUCACACUCCAAGAUGAAAGAUUAUUGGUUGGUGAGUUCUUACCGCGCAGGCAGUUCAAGAUCGACGAGAGCCCUCACCGUCUCGCUGUGAUGGUGCAUGCCAACGUGCUUGGCAACAAACCACGGGCAGGUUUAGUACAGUACAGUAUUUUUAUUCCAGUAUUUAACUGCGUACUAAAACGUCCAGUACAGUACAGUACCGAGAGCCGUGCUGCCAGUACAGUAUAUUCCAGUAUCGAGAGCUGUACUGGAGAUUGCAGUAUUUUUAUUCCAGUAUUGAAAGCUGUACUAAAACGUCCAGUACAGUACAGUACCGAGCGCCGUGCUGCCAGUACAGUAUAUUCCAGUAUCGAGAGCUGUACUGAAGAGUGCAGUAUUUUUAUUCCAGUAUUGAAAGCUGUAC